UCCAACACACACAUCACGCCCCCAGUCAACACCACACCCUGCAAAACCUCCCCCAAACCUCCAAUGCUCCACCGCAUCGCCGCACUCCGGCCGCCGCCGCCGCCGCCGCCGUCGCCUUGGCGGGCGGCUGCGGCCGCGGCGGGAUAUGCAUCCAAGUCCACCACCCUCCCGCAGAAGCAGCAGCGCGUGCGGGACCACGCCUUCGACGGCAUCAUGGAGGUGCAGAAGCGGGUGCGCCGCUUCCUCGCCCUCCACUCCCUCCUCCUCUACGCGGCCGCCCCCACCGCGCUCGCCGGCGGCGGGGGAGGGGCCGUGUCCGUGCCCUUCUCCCGCCUCGGCGCGCUCGCCCGGCGCCAGCUCCGCCUCGCGCCCCUCGACGCCGGCCGCUUCCUCCUGCGCCACCCGCACGCGUUCCACCUCUUCCUCCACCCCGUCCACCGCGUCCUCCACGCCCGCCUCACCCCGCGCGCCGCCGCGGCGCUCCGCCUCGAGGCCGACGCCGUCGCCUCCUCGCUGCCCGCCUCCAUCGUCCGCAUCCGCAAGCUCCUCCUCCUCGCGCCCCCGCACCACCGCCUCCGCCUCGAACACAUCCGCCUCCUCCGCCGGGAUCUCGGCCUCCCCGACGACUUCGCGGAGUCGAUCAUCCAAGCCCACCCCGCCCUCUUCCGCCUCACCCCCGACCAGUUCGUCGAGUUCGUGCCCUCCCCCUCCGACCCGCCCGGCCUCUCCGUCGCCGCCGUCGAGCGCGCGCGGGAGCAGCACUACCGCGAGCACCGCAACCCUGGCGCCGGGGAGGAGGACGUGCGCUUCGCGUUCCCCACCCGAUUCCCGCCAGGCUUCAAGAUCGGCAAGUACUUCCGCAUCGCGGUCUGGAAAUGGCAGCGGCUUCCCUACGCGUCGCCGUAUGCUGACGUCUCCGGCCACGACCUGCGCUCGCUUGAGGCGCGGCGGCGCAUGGAGAAGCGCGCCGUCGCUGCGGUCCAUGAGCUGCUAUCUCUCACAGUUGAGAAGCGAACCACGCUAGAGCGCCUCGCACUGUUCCGUGAUGCUCUCGGCGUGCCCAAGAAGAUCAAAGAGUUCUUGCUCAAGUACCAGGGCAUAUUUUACAUAUCCACGAGGGGAAACCAGGGGAAGUUGCACACCGUGUUCCUUCGGGAGGCGUAUUACAAAGGUGAACUCGUUGAGCCCAAUGAGAUUUAUGCGGCGAGGCGGAAACUGGAAGAGCUGCUCAUGUUGAACCCACAGAAGGCGAAUUUGGACCGAAUGUUCACUAGCAUGGGUCGUGGAUGGGAUGAGCUUGGUGGCGGUCGUCGUGGGGGAGCAGAAUUGAGGGAGGAGUUCCUUGGUGAAGCGAGUGACCGGAGAACGAAUACUAAGGUUGAUGGUGAAUAUGGUGGAGAUAGUGGUGAUGACUCGGGAGUUGAGUCACUCUACAUUGAGUGAGGAGCAGAAUCAUACCGUGGUACUAAACAUCAACUAAGGAAGCUUGCCUUCUAGAACAAGUAUCGACACCAUCUAUGAGCUCUCUUUCUUCUGCUGGUGAAUUAACAGUUGGAUGCAGCAAUGCUGAUUGAGGAGAAGAUAUUACAUCCUAAGGCUAAAAUUAGAGAGAUAUCUUGCGCUAAAACUGUUGAUAUUGUCAAAUGAAGACUCUGGGUGUUGGCAUUUAACUUCACUGCAAUGGUCGGAUGGCAUCUUUGUUUUGCACUCCGUUUUAUGAAGAAGGAACAAAGAGAGAGGCAUGAGAACUGAAAACCCUUCAUUAUUUUGAGCACUCGUUCUUCUGAGUUCUGACUAAUUUUUACUGAGUCUUGUGAGUACUCUCAGUCUCUCACACUAGGAGUGAAUCUCUCUCUCUCUCCACUUAAAAGGUAUUUAUAUCUUGAGGAUUGGCAUUGCCAUCUCAAAAUUCUGUGACUAUACUACCUAUCAUUUCUUAUAUAUCGUAUAGAAACAAUUGAACUUUUCUGUGCAA